AUGGCGGCCAGGAGCGCCCCGAGCUGCCACCUGCGGCUCGAGUGGGUGUACGGCUACCGGGGCCACCAGUGCCGCAACAACCUCUACUACACGGCGGCCAAGGAGAUCGUGUACUUCGUGGCGGGCGUCGGCGUGGUGUACAGCCCGCGCGAGCACCGGCAGAAGUUCUACCGGGGCCACAGCGACGACAUCAUCAGCCUUGCGUUGCAUCCUGAACGAGCACUGGUAGCAACAGGACAAGUUGGGAAAGAGCCUUAUAUCUGUGUCUGGGAUUCAUAUACUGUGCAGACCGUAUCAGUUCUGAAGGACGUUCAUACACAUGGUAUAGCUUGCUUAGCAUUCGACUUAGAUGGACAGCGCUUGGUUUCAGUUGGACUUGAUUCAAAGAAUGCAGUUUGCGUUUGGGACUGGAAAAGAGGGAAAAUGUUAUCUAUGGCUCCAGGUCACACAGAUAGAAUAUUUGAUAUUUCUUGGGAUUUAUACCAGCCAAAUAAACUUGUCAGCUGUGGUGUAAAACAUAUCAAGUUCUGGAGUUUAUGUGGAAAUGCUCUGACCCCAAAACGAGGGGUCUUUGGGAAGACUGGUGACCUGCAGACCAUCUUGUGCCUGGCCUGUGCAAGGGAUGAAUUAACAUAUUCUGGUGCACUCAAUGGGGAUAUAUAUGUUUGGAAAGGAAUCAAUCUUAUACGAACAAUACAAGGAGCUCAUACUGCAGGAAUUUUUAGCAUGAAUGCUUGUGAAGAAGGCUUUGCUACUGGUGGCAGAGAUGGCUGUAUUCGUCUUUGGGAUUUAACUUUUAAACCAAUUACUGUGAUUGAUCUCAGGGAAACAGACCAGGGGUACAAAGGUUUGUCUGUGAGGAGUGUGUGUUGGCGAGGAGACCACAUUCUAGUUGGAACACAGGAUGGCGAAAUUUUUGAAAUUGUGGUUCAUGAAAGAAACAAGCCUUUCCUAAUCAUGCAAGGGCAUUGUGAAGGCGAGCUGUGGGCACUUGCUGUCCAUCCUACUAAACCUUUGGCCGUGACUGGAAGCGAUGACCGUUCAGUCAGAAUAUGGAGCCUGGUUGAUCACGCACUAAUAGCGAGGUGUAAUAUGGAAGAGCCGAUUCGUUGUGCGGCUGUGAAUGUAGAUGGGAUCCAUCUCGCCCUUGGAAUGAAGGAUGGCUCGUUCACUGUACUGAGAGUAAGAGAUAUGACGGAAGUUGUGCAUAUUAAAGAUCGGAAGGAGGCGAUCCAUGAGUUAAAAUAUUCACCAGAUGGAACUUACCUGGCUGUCGGUUGCAAUGACAGCUCAGUUGAUAUUUAUGGAGUUGCUCAGCGCUAUAAGAAAUUUGGAGAGUGUGUUGGAUCACUUAGUUUCAUCACUCAUCUAGACUGGUCCUCAGACAGUAGAUAUUUACAGACAAAUGAUGGGAACGGUAAAAGACUGUUCUAUAGGAUGCCGGGAGGAAAAGAAGUGGCAAGUAAAGAAGAAAUAAAAGGUGUUCAUUGGGCUUCAUGGACAUGCGUUUCAGGCCUUGAAGUAAAUGGAAUUUGGCCCAAGUAUUCAGAUAUUAAUGAUAUAAACUCAGUAGAUGGGAAUUAUAUUGGCCAAGUUUUAGUGACAGCUGAUGACUAUGGAAUUGUAAAAUUAUUUCGAUAUCCUUGCUUAAGAAAAGGGGCCAAGUUUAAAAAAUAUAUUGGCCAUUCAGCUCAUGUAACUAAUGUCAGAUGGUCACAUGAUUAUCAGUGGGUUAUUUCUAUUGGUGGAGCAGAUCACUCUGUCUUUCAGUGGAAAUUUAUUCCUGAAAGAAAACUAAAGGAUGCUCUUCACAUAGCACCUCAAGAAAGUCUUGCAGACUCUAAUAGUGAUGAAUCAGAUUCAGACCUGUCUGAUGUUCCAGAACUGGAUUCUGAAAUUGAGCAAGAGACCCAGCUCACUUACCGUCGGCAGGUUUACAAAGAAGAUCUACCUCAGCUUAAAGAACAAUACAAAGAGAAACAAAGAAGUGGUACUUCUAAAAGAAGAGAGCGGGCUCCAGGAAAUAGUGUCCGAUUACACUUCGUUCACGGUUACAGAGGUUAUGACUGUCGAAGUAAUCUGUUUUAUACUCAAAUCGGUGAAAUUGUGUACCAUGUGGCAGCAGUGGGCGUCAUUUAUAAUCGACAGCAGAACACCCAGCGCUUUUACCUGGGUCACGAUGAUGACAUUCUCUGCCUGGCUGUUCAUCCUUUGAAAGACUAUGUGGCAACAGGCCAGGUGGGUAGGGAUCCCUCAGUUCACAUAUGGGACACGGAAACCAUAAAACCAUUGUCAAUAUUAAAGGGCUACCACCAAUAUGGUGUCUGUGCUGUUGAUUUCUCAGCUGAUGGGAAACGUUUGGCUUCAGUUGGAAUAGAUGAUAGCCACACUGUUGUGCUGUGGGACUGGAAGAAAGGAGAGAAACUUUCAAUAGCAAGAGGAAGUAAAGAUAAGAUUUUUGUUGUAAAAAUGAACCCGUACGUGCCUGAUAAAUUAAUUACAGCUGGAAUUAAACACAUGAAAUUUUGGCGUAGAGCAGGGGGAGGAUUGAUUGGAAGAAAAGGCUACGUGGGCACCCUGGGGAAAAGUGACACCAUGAUGUGUGCAGUAUAUGGAUGGACUGAGGAGAUGGCUUUUUCUGGAACGUCCACAGGAGACGUGUGUAUCUGGCGAGACAUCUUUCUUGUAAAGACAGUUAAAGCACAUGAUGGACCAGUGUUCAGUAUGCAUGCAUUGGAAAAAGGGUUUGUAACUGGAGGGAAAGAUGGGGUAGUCGCUCUUUGGGAUGACUCCUUUGAAAGAUGUCUCAAGACCUACGCUAUAAAAAGAGCUGCUUUGGCCCCAGGAUCUAAAGGUCUUCUCUUGGAAGAUAACCCAUCUAUACGUGCCAUAUCAUUAGGACAUGGUCAUAUUUUAGUUGGCACAAAGAAUGGUGAAAUACUAGAAGUGGAUAAAAGUGGCCCAAUAACACUUCUGGUCCAGGGACACAUGGAAGGAGAGGUGUGGGGCUUGGCUACACAUCCUUAUCUGCCCAUCUGUGCUACUGUAAGUGAUGAUAAGACCUUGAGGAUAUGGGAUCUUUCUCCUAGUCAUUGUAUGUUGGCCGUCCGGAAACUUAAAAAAGGUGGGAGGUGUUGCUGUUUUUCUCCUGAUGGUAAAGCUUUAGCUGUAGGUCUCAAUGAUGGAAGUUUCUUAAUGGCGAAUGCAGAUACUCUAGAAGAUCUUGUAUCUUUUCACCACAGAAAAGAUGUUAUUUCAGAUAUUCGAUUUUCGCCAGGUUCUGGGAAAUAUCUUGCUGUAGCAUCGCAUGAUAGCUUUAUAGAUAUAUACAAUGUCACGAGCAGUAAACGAGUAGGAAUAUGCAAAGGCGCUACCAGUUACAUAACCCAUGUUGAUUGGGAUAUUAGAGGAAAGCUUUUACAGGUCAACACUGGUGCUAAAGAACAAUUAUUCUUUGAAGCUCCCAGAGGGAAAAAACAAACCAUUCCCAGUGGAGAGGCAGAAAAAAUUGGCUGGGCAUCAUGGACAAGUGUGCUUGGUUUAUGCUGCGAGGGGAUUUGGCCAGUAACUGGAGAAGUCACGGACGUAACUGCCUCUUCCCUCACCAGUGACAGAACAGUCCUAGCUACUGGGGAUGAUUUGGGAUUUGUAAAGUUAUUUAGAUAUCCUGCUAAAGGAAAAUUUGGAAAGUUUAAGAGGUACGUGGCCCAUAGUACACAUGUCACAAAUGUUCGCUGGACUUACGAUGACAGCAUGUUGGUCACCUUAGGAGGCGCAGAUAUGUCUUUAAUGGUUUGGACAAAUGAAAUGGAGGGCUAUCGAGAAAAAAGACCUUGUGAUAGCGAAGAAUCUGAUAUAGAUUCUGAAGAAGAUGGGGGCUAUGACAGUGAUGUCACGAGGGAGAAUGAAAUCAGUUACACCAUCAGAGCCUUAUCAACAAAUAUUCGCCCAAUGUUUGGAAUCAAGCCUCAUUUGCAACAAAAAGAACCCUCAACUGAUGAGAGGCAGGGAGUAGUAAGAGGCUCCAGGCCUCCGGUGAGCAGGGCCCCACCGCAGCCAGAAAAACUCCAGACCAACAACGUCGGCAAGAAAAAGAGGCCCAUAGAGGACCUUGUGUUGGAGCUUGUUUUUGGCUAUCGAGGCCGAGACUGCAGGAAUAAUGUUCAUUAUUUAAAUGAUGGUGAUGAUAUAAUUUAUCACACCGCAUCUGUUGGAAUUCUUCACAAUGUUGCUACAGGGACUCAGAGUUUUUAUCAGGAACAUAAUGAUGAUAUUCUGUGCCUCACUGUAAAUCAGCACCCCAAAUUUAUCAACAUAGUGGCAACUGGCCAAGUAGGUGAUUCAGCAGACAUGUCAGCCACAGCUCCGUCUAUUCACAUCUGGGAUGCCGUGAACAAGCAGACUUUGUCCAUUCUAAGAUGCUACCAUUCAAAGGGGGUGUGUUCAGUCAGUUUCAGUGCUACUGGGAAACUCCUGCUCUCUGUGGGGCUAGACCCAGAGCAUACAGUUACCAUUUGGAGAUGGCAAGAAGGUGCCAAAAUUGCCAGCAGAGCUGGUCACAACCAGCGUAUUUUUGUGGCUGAAUUCCGGCCAGAUUCAGACUCCCAGUUUGUCUCUGUGGGAGUAAAGCACGUCAAGUUCUGGACCCUGGCAGGAAGAGCUCUUCUUAGCAAGAAGGGGCUCCUGAGCACUCUGGAGGACGCGCGGAUGCAGACCAUGCUUGCUGUUGCGUUUGGUGCAAAUAACUUGACGUUUACAGGUACCAUCAGUGGAGAUGUGUGUGUGUGGAAAGACCACAUAUUGUGUAGAAUCGUGGCCAGAGCUCACAACGGGCCUGUGUUUGCCAUGUACACCACCCUUCAAGACGGGCUGAUCGUCACCGGGGGCAAGGAGAGACCGUCAAAGGAGGGAGGAGCCGUCAAGCUGUGGGACCAGGAGCUGAGGCGGUGCCGCGCCUUCCGGCUGGAGACGGGCCAAGCCAGCGACUGCGUGCGCUCCGUGUGCAGAGGCAAGGGCAAGAUACUGGUAGGGACAAGGAACGCUGAAAUCAUUGAAGUUGGAGAGAAGAACGCUGCGUGUAACGUCCUGGUGAGCGGGCACGUGGACGGCCCUGUGUGGGGACUCGCGACCCACCCCUCCAGGGACUUCUUCCUGUCCGCUGCGGAAGACGGGACAGUGAGGCUCUGGGACAUUGCUGACAGAAAGAUGCUGAACAAAGUGAAUCUGGGACACGCUGCUCGUACCGUCUGCUACAGCCCGGAAGGGGACAUGGUGGCCAUUGGGAUGAAAAACGGAGAAUUUAUCAUUUUACUUGUGAGCUCCCUGAAGAUAUGGGGAAAGAAGAGAGACAGACGGUGUGCGAUCCACGACAUCAGAUUUAGUCCAGAUUCCCGGUUUCUAGCCGUGGGUUCCAGUGAGAAUUCAGUGGAUUUUUAUGACCUAACACUGGGCCCCACCCUUAACAGAAUCAGCUACUGCAAAGACAUUCCCAGCUUCGUCAUUCAGAUGGACUUCUCUGCAGACAGCAGGCAUCUCCAGGUCUCCACUGGUUGCUAUAAACGGCAUGUCUAUGAAGUGCCUUCAGGAAAACAUCUUACGGAUCAGGCUGCCAUUGACAGAAUUACUUGGGCUACAUGGACUAGUAUUCUAGGAGAUGAAGUUAUGGGAAUCUGGUCCAGACACGCUGAGAAAGCGGAUGUCAACUGUGCCUGUGUGUCUCAUUCAGGAAUCAGCCUGGUAACGGGAGAUGACUUUGGCAUGGUUAAGUUAUUUGACUUCCCAUGUCCUGAAAAAUUUGCAAAACACAAAAGGUUCUUGGGUCAUUCACCCCACGUGACAAACAUUCGAUUUACCAGCGGUGAUCGACAUGUUAUUAGUGCUGGCGGUGAUGACUGCAGUUUAUUCGUCUGGAAAUGUGUACAUAUGCCUCACUGA